GCUGAUUGGUGGUCCCAGGCCUUGGCCAGCUGCCCAAGGCCAGGAGGGCAGAGAGAGAUCCCAGGACAAAUGUGCAGCAGGCCCGUGAGCAUGUGCGGAAAUGUCAUCAGUUCCACAUGGAAAGACUUGUUGGAAAUCAAAGAAGACAGUAAAAGUCACAAGAUCCUAUUCAACCUUCCCUGCCCUGAAUGCCUGGAAAGAAUUCAGGGACCUCUUGCCUGUGGAUGGGGAACCAAACCCUGGAGUGGACCUGGGCGUGGAGGAGGGACUGCUCUGCCAGAUGGUUCACUCCCCAGAAUUCAACCUGUUUCCUGACUCAGCGGUGUUUGAAAGCAACUUUGUCCAGGUCAAAAAGGGCAGGAACUGGGUCAACAUGUACAAAGCCUCCAACACCAUGGCCCUUGGGGUAACCUCCUCCGUGCCCUGCCUGCCCCUUCCCAACAUCCUCCUCGUGGCCCGUGUCAAAUGGCACCAGGGGCAGAGCCAGACAUGGAACAGACCAUCUGAAGCCCCAGACAUCAUCCUGAAGAAGAUUCUCCCACUGAAGUUCGUGGAGCUCCAGGUCUGUGACUGCCUUCAACGCGUCCUGCGGUUGAGGACAGUCACUGAGAAGAUCUAUUACCUAAGGCUCCACCCUGACCAUCCUGAGACUGUCUUCCACUUCUGGAUUCGACUGGUUCAAAUUCUGCAGACGGGCCUGUCCAUCACCACCAAAGACCCUCAGAUUCUUGUCACUCACUGUCUGGUACCCAAGAACACCUGCAGUCCCUCCGGAGACGCUAAUUCAGUAGAGACGAAACCCCAAGCCUCCCAGCCCAGCGAGAGCCUCAUGAAGCUGAUGGCCGUGGGGGAGAGUGAGGCCCUGUCUCAGAUUUUUGCCGACUUGCACCAGCACAAGCACUUCAGUUCCAGGAGCAGCAAAAAGACGGAGACCAAGAAGGACAAGUCAGAAAAAAAUACUCCCAGUGAAGACAGCAUCCCAUGUACCCGCGACCUCAGUUGGAGGGCUUCCUUCACCUAUGGAGAGUGGGAACGAGAGAACCCCUCUGGGCCGCAGCCCCUCUCUCUCCUCAGCACUUUGGCAGCUUCCACGGGGCCACAGCUGGCCUCACUCAUAGGAAAUUCUUUUUGAGCCACCCUUUCACACUGGGGAGAAUCUAAGCAGCCCUCGCCAGUACCACUCUGCAGCAUUAGCUUUAUGAGGGACUGACUAUCUGGAUGGAGGGAAGGAGAAAGCUGCAACUAGGGAAAAACUAGAAUCAUCUCACGCUGAUAGCAUAGCCUUUCCUUGGAGAACCAUUUUGGAGCAUGGCUCUUGGAUGAGAGGCAAUAUUCCAGCGUUAUUCCAGCAUGUAACUUCGGCGAUCUCACCACCACACCCCACCUCCAUUCCACCAGGCAGACACAAAACGAUGUGUUCUCGGAAGGGCCAGGACCAAGAGGUGGAGAGAAGGAAGGAAAGGAACGCAGGAUCAGAGGAGAGGUGGAAGAGAACAAAAUGGAGGUGAAGAGGGAGGAAAUCAGAAAAGAAGAGAGAUACACAGAGGUGGUUAAGAAAAGGAAACAGAAGGGGCUUCAGAGAAAAGCUGAAGAGGACAAGAGAAGAAAUACACCUCUUAGAGACGCCUCACCCAGCUUCUAUUUAUCUAAUUUAAAACUUGAUAGUAAGACCAUAUACCAAAAAAAGAGAUGUGCUUUCUUCUCUGUUCAGGCUACUCUGGAUAAGGGUCAGAGACGAUUUCCAGCCAAGGGCCUCUCCAUAAAUUUCCCUUUUUUGCCAGUUUUUCUUGUUAGUCCCUCUUUUCUGAUUCAAGUUUUGGCCCUUCUUCCUUAGCCCAUUCCCUAACUUGGACUUGCUAGCCUGGCCCUCGUGUUCCAUAUGGAAGUUUGGGCUUGAGGCUGCGGAAAGAUUCCUACAGGAGGAAGUCAGACAAGGUGUGUGAGAUGGGGGAAUUUCUCUUUUGUGUUCAGGCUAAGUUUUGUUGUUUCAGCCCUAUAAACACUGGCUCAAUUUCUUUUGCAUAUGACACCCCCUUAAAUUUUGUCAUACCUUGUUAGGGCUUAUUAAAUGAUCAGUUCCAAAGUGAGGAGAUACAGGCUCAAAGCACAGGUAAAAUCAGAGGUUCGCAAAUUGUAGAUCAGGAGAGUCACUAAGAAGUGUCUGUGAAAUGGCCCACGGGCUGGCAUCUUUGUUUAACACGUGCAAUAUUUCACAUACAAU